AUGACUACGAGAGUAAGAUGGAGUUCCAUGCCUAGGGUUCCAACAGUACAAGAUGAGGAGGAUAGUGACUGGAUGGAGAAUGGAUCUGAGGAUACUGAUGGGUCUCUUUCUGCAGACGAGGAUGCUGAUGGAGAAGAUUGUAGAAAAAGGGGUCCUAACCAUGGUAGUAAUGUUUUUGCGGAUGAAUCUGGUAGAAUUUCUUUAACCAUGGGAGGCAAUAGGUGGAAGCACAUGUAUUCACCAGCUGCUUUGCUGGCUAGCAGAUUCAUUCCUAUCUCGGUUAUGUAUUUUCAGUUCUUCUUGCAGAUUCAUUACUAUCUUGACAUCACGUGA